AUGCCAUUUUCACAGCACGAUGUGAAAAACACCUGGGGGGAAUUCGAUGGCGUCAUCACAAAGUGGCAGGGAUUCGGGGAUAGAUUCCUUGCGGCCGUCCACGAGAAUAAGAACAUCUCGCCUGCGUACAAGUUUGCGUAUUUGAAAGGCUCCUUAACCGGAAAGGCAGCUCGGACGCUGGGAGAGUGGCAGCUCACAGAAAGCAACUACGCUGAGGCAUGGCAGCGCAUCAACGAGGUGUAUAGUCGACAAUACGCCACCUGUAGGGAGCUGCUUCGGCAGUUCUUCAUGUUACCAUCGCUGAUGGAGCAUCCGCGAGCUGCAGAGUUGGAGAGAAUGUCGAAUGUAACACAUGAGACGAUGCGGCAGCUAAAGGCCCAGGGUAUCCCCACAGAAAGCUGGGACAUGAUUGUGGUCCACAUGCUCCACAAAAGAAUGGAUCGAGAAACGGCCUGCAAGUGGGAGGAGAGCAGGACUUCAGAGCAGCCAACUGUGCGAGAGAUAUGUGCCUUCCUGGAGAAGAGGGCAACAGCCUUGGAAAGUGCUCAGAGUGUCCGACGAAGGGAAGCGCCGAUGCCAUCAACAUCGGCUCAGGUCCUAGCACAGGGGUGGAAAAAAUAA